AACCCCAAACACAUAAUAUGUGGCCUUCAUUACUUCUAACACAAGAAAGGAUGUCUGGGGCCAGGCUUUCUUUACUCAGCUGCACCAUUUUGACGGGGAUUCUGAUGUUUUCCCCAAAAUCCUGUAGUUCCAAUUCCCUCACGGCAUACGAAGUGCUACAGGAAUAUGGGUUUCCAAUCGGCCUUUUGCCUGCAAAUGUGGUGAGUUAUACUUUGGAUACAAGCGAUGGGAGCUUCGUUGUGAAUUUGAACUCUACUUGCAAGUUCAAGAUUGAUUCAUAUCAUCUCAAGUAUAAGAAGAAAUUUACUGGCACGAUCAGCUAUGAUUCAUUGAAGGAUUUGGAUGGCAUCAGCGUUAAAGUCUGGUUUUUCUAUCUCAGUAUUAACAAAGUGUUGAGGGAAGGGGAUGAGUUGGAGUUUUAUGUGGGUUCUUUCUCUGCGUCUUUUCCUGUCAGUAAUUUUGAUGUAUGCCCACAAUGUGGGUGUGGGUUAGAUUGUGUUGGAGUAGACUCACAGUCGCUCCUUGAGGACUCAUGAACAGCUGCUGGGUUAGAUUUAGAUUGUCUCUGUUGUGAAUGUGCUUGUGCUGAAGUUCUGAACUUGUAAACGAAGUUAUCUUUUAAUGAAUUAUUUCUCCUUUCA